AUCACCGUCCGACAUUCCUGACAUCUCACCCCCAGACGUCAGCGAGAGCGACGUCUCCAUGGUGACGGACGGAGGCUGCGAGGGGGCGGGGCGACCGAGGAAGGAGUUCAAACUGAAGCGAGAGACACCGGAGGAGAUGGAGAUCUCGGAGUGGGAAAACAUUAAUAAGCUCCUGAAGCGGCACGGCUGCGGCGCGGUGAACGUCUCCGAACGGGACGACUUACCAGGUGGAGUCGGUUUGGAUUCUCAGGCCUCUCAGGCGCUCCGAUCCGCCAUCCGAUCGUUAGUGGAAGACACGGAACGGCGGCAGAACCUCAUUCAUGGCCUCAUCCAGACCAACAACCAGCUGAAAGAAGACGCUCGCUUACAGCAGGACCGCGCCGGACGCCAGGAGCAGAGAGCCAAUGAAUUGCAGCGCAUUCUGGACGGCGUCAGAACCAAAAUCCGGGACUUGGAAGACGACUUUAUCUCUAAGAUGCGUCAGCAGCAGACGGAGAUGACAAAUCUAUUACAGGAGAAGAAGGUCGUCCAUGAUCGGUGUCAGAAGAACAAGGAGAAGCUGCGGGAGCAGGAGGAGAACAUCACACAGCUGAGGAAACGUCUGUCCCAGUUGGUCCGGUCGGAGGAGCAGAGAGCGGCCAAUCAGAAAAAAUCUUUUCUCCGUCUGAUGAAUCGGGAGCCGCGAGAAAACAACAUCCUGGACCAGCAGGUUCUGGAUGUGAUUGAUGACUAUGAGAGGCGAGUGAAUCAUCUACAGACUGAACUGAGGCGGUACGAGGGAUUGGACGUUCCCGUUCUGGAGAGGAGAUCCUCGGAAGAAUCCCUUGAUUUGGAUACAACACCCAAUUAUAAAGCUCUAAUAAAGUCCUAUCAGGAGCAGAUUAAAGAGGCGAGGAGGAGGAAUGAAGAGUUGGUGAGAGAGAACGAUCAGAUCAGACGGGAGAUGGAGAGCAGACCUUCAGCCAAAGAAUUCCGACUAUACAAGCAGCAGAUGAGGAAAAUGGAGAAGAUUCUCCUCCAGAAUAACAUCCAGUUCCGGGGGAUGAAGAAGGAGAAGAGAGAGGAGAGUCGGGGUGAUGCAGAGAGUACGGAUCUUCUGCCGGCUGCGGAGUGUCAGCUUCACUUGCAGGACCUGUGCCGGGAGCUGAAUGUUCUGGAUCUGAAGGAUCUCGUGCCGACCGCUACUUCCAACCUGAGACAGGCGCAGACCUCUACAAAGCUGCACAAGAUCCUUUGUGACAUCAAUUCGGUGAUCAGUGGCCCCCGGGCCCCUCAGCUGCUCUAUAAACACCACCCUAGAGGAGACGGCACCUCAGAUGAAGCGGAUUUCAUCCACAUUCUGCCAACGGUGGAGCUCUGGGCCGGACAGCUGCUGUCCCUGAAGGCUCUGCAUCGAGCGCUGAGGAAGAUGAGCGAGAAGCUUCUCCCUGACCAGACGCUGAACAAAUCACAAGAGCCGUCUGAUGGCGUCCGUGUGGAGGAACUUCUCCUGCUUGUGGACACCAUGCUGGAGGACCUGGAGAACCGCAAACAGGGUGGCGCUGUGAUCUCUCCGUACACCCUGCAGGCGCUGGUCUCCCACUUCCAGAAUCUCUUCGAUGUCCCGUCAUUGAACGGCGUCUAUCCGCGGAUGAAUGAAGUGUACAGCAGGUUGGGGGAAGUCACCAACGCCAUGAAGAAUCUCCGCAACAUCCUGGGAUUAGAUGAUGGGGCCGGUAUCGGGACGGUGGUGAACGCAGUGUGGGGGAUGUGCCGAAAUGCAGAAGGAGGAAACCGCCAGAAACUACAGGAUGUCCUCGGCCCUUUGGACAUAGACAGCAUCAUCAAUAAGAUCCAGGAACACGAGGAGUUCUUCCCGGCCUUCGAGGAUCUGGUGAAGGGGCUGCUGGAUAUAUUAGAAAUCCGUCAUCUGGAGGAGAUUCUCCCCGAGGUGCUCCGGCUGAAGACUCUGGACUCGCGGUGACACCCCCUCCCCCGGAGAUUCUCCCCGAGGUGCUCCGGCUGAAGACUCUGGGCUCGCGGUGACAACAACCCCCUCCCCCAACCCGGAGAUUCUCCCCAAGGUGCUCCGGCUGAAGACUCUGGGCUCGCGGUGACAACAACCCCCCCCCCCCAACCCGGAGAUUCUCCCCAAGGUGCUCCGGCUGAAGACUCUGGACUCGCGGUGACACCCCCCUCCAAUAUUCAGUCUAUUAUUUAUUUUUAUACUUUAAUAAACUUUUGUACGGUGA